UGCGUGCGUGCGUGCAUGUGUGCGUGCGUGCGCGUGCAACAGGCUCCAAGUGUAUCCGCCCGCAGACUGCAAAAGGCUCAGUUAAGACAUCUUGUAACCUGUGGGAAGUAGUGUUGGUAUAAAAUACUUUUUAGGGAAUUCAUUAGAAUACACAAACAAGUUCACCAACAAGGUGCAACUGUUUGAAAAUUUGUGGUCAUUUGGCAGAGCGUAAAAACGGCGUAAACUACGUAGUAUGAGCAAUUUGAAGUAUGUGACGACAAUAAUCCUCUUCGGGUUGUGUAUUACACCGUCAGUAAAGACAAAGUACUGUUAUAACCCAUUGGAAGACUGUCCACCGAAUAGCAAGUGUUUAGGUGUAAUAGGAUGUCGCUGUGUUAAUGGGUAUGUGUUUGUUGGUGCAGAGUGUCAAAAAGUAUUUUACCAGAAAGUCUUGGAGCCCUGCAACAUACAGAAUGGUUCAGUAUAUGUAUGUGACGAUAAGCAACAUAGCUUCUGUGCAGAAAAGAAAUGUGUGUGCUUUGCUACUUUUCUCCCAAAUGUAACCAGUGGGCGGUGUGAACCUGAAGCCGAUUUCCUGCUUGCCAGUAACCUUACAAAGUACAUUGUCCUACAUGGUGAAUACUGCAAUUCGAAAUCACAUUGUGUUGAAGGCUUGGAGUGUUCUAAACAUGAGUGUUCCUGUCCCAGCACCUGUAUAUACAAGAAGGAAAUACAGGCAUGUGACUGUGGUGCAACAGGACCUUCAACAGGACCUAUAAUUGUUGGCAUCCUGGGUGGUUUGUUAAUCAUAGCAUUUUGGAGCUGGACAAUAAGGAUUACUUGGAAGAGACACACAAAAAAGCAGGUGUACCAGGAUGAUGCAUCAGCACCUCCAUCUUCUCAACAAAGUACAGCUUUAUAUCCUCUUGCUCGGGUUACAUUCGAUGUACCAGUUGCCCCACCUGUGUCACAGGAACAAGAGGGCACUGGGAUUACUCCAGAUGAAAUACCAGCAGAAUGUUAUCCACUGGUACCACCUGCACAACCUUUAGGAUUUCAGAGUCCUGCCAACUCUCAAUACUCAUCGUCACAGGGUUUUCCUUCUAAUGCAUAUAAUGAUGCCUACUUAGCUAAUGUUUCUGGAGAUCCUUCAGCCCCACCUCCACCAUAUUCAGCCAUUACACAUUAUCCACCAUAUGCACCUUCAUCCUUACCUCCUCCAUAUCCUGCUGACACACCUUCACAUCCUCCCCCGUCCAUACCUCCCUCAUACUCUUCAUUAUCUUCAGUCCCAUACCCUCUUAAUCCAUAAAUGACACCUCAACUUGUUUCUCAAUUAUUUAAGUGCAGCAAAAAUUAAUUUUUAAGCACUAUGGUAACAUGACACAGGAUCACAUAGCCCUCUAUAUUGGAAGAACCAUUUACAAGAACUAUGAAUAACAGAGUUUUUUUUUUUUCUCAAUCUGUUGUCUUUCAUGUUUUGGGGACUAUUUUUUUUACUUCUAAAUCAUGCAUUUCCUAAUAACCUACUUGAAGUGAUUGUCUCAAAAUAAAGUUUUCCAGUGAAUUACAUGAAUACAUGAAUAUUGUGUUAGGUUUGGAAGAUAAAUAGAAUUACUAAGCUAAUAUAAAUUCAUCAUGGUUAUCAAACACUGUUAUAGAUAUGUGUGUGACAUAAACAUUUUGAGGUUAACUUCCCGAAGUAUGGCUUGAUUAAAUAUUAACAAAGUUUAAGUAAUCAUAGGAAAGAAAAAGUGGCAUCACCCUGUGUUCUGAAGUACUCCAAUCUGCCAAGUCUAUUCUUUUUUCAAAUCAUUGCACACUUAUUACUUAUUUUACAUGUUUAGUAGUUUUUUAAACGAUAUAUUUGAUUUAUUUAUAUAUAUAUUUUUUUAUAAAACAAAAUUCUGCCAUCAACUCAUUUUUUCUCCAAAGUGUCCAGAAAUUUAUACUGUCACAUACAUAUCCAGUCCAUUGUGGUUUUAUUUUCUAAAUUCUAUUCACUCUGCAAAAGAAGUGCUUAUUCAACAAGAAGUCUGUUACUAGGCCUACCAGAUCUCAUCUGCUGAAAAUAAUAUCAGAAAGGAAAUAUAAAUUCAAGGAAUUAUCAGGUGAGGCCUAUUAAUUAACUCCUUGGUGACUAAGCAUUUGUGGAGUCAUUGUGUAAAUAAAAUUCACUAGACAAAACUGCUGUGGAGAGUGCAUGUACCAGGCACCAUAUACAAAAAUUGGUUUGAGAUUAUAGGUAGAGUAUGUGUCCAUGCUUGAAAUUGACAGUGAAUUAAAAACCAUAUUAUUGUUUAAUAUAAAAACCUGUAUGUACUGAUGAGUCAGAUGAAAAAUGAAGAGUUAUGUAUGUUUUAUAUAAUAUAUUGGCAUUAGUGAUUAAAGUGUUAGUGAAAUUGUAAAGUUGUGUAAAAAGGCUUCUUAUUCAUUAGGACAAUAGUUGAUAUCGUAGGAAAAGUAAAUACACAUUGCUAAAUAAAUCAAUAUUUACAUGUUUACAUGCUAACACUUCCUCCCCUACAUACAUAAAGACACAAAAUACAUACACAUACAGUCACACUCACACACAUUUGUAGUUUGUAAUAACCAUCAGAAAAUUAUUUUUACUUGCAUUCUAUGUCAUUCUAUGUCAUGUUUCAAGCAUGCUGUGCGCUCACUUAGGAAACUCUAUCUGGCAUGCUAGUAGGGAUGUCCAUGUGGCUGAGUAAAUGGUUGUUAUGCAGUCACAAAAUACAGUAGCCAGUAUGUGGGUGGUAAGCCAAUAGUUCAUAUCACAACAAUUUGUGCUCAAUGCUCUGUACCUGGUGUCAGACCAGCUGUUAGUUUCUGGUGAUUGAUUUCAACUAAGGACAGAGGUAAUCUUUUGUUUUGCAUGUCAGUAUUAUCACAAAGUGGCUAAUAACAGACUUACCACUCUUGCCCAUCAGACUACCUGAUGGUAUUGACAUGGCCAAAGGUGGCAUAAUCUCUUUUUAGGAUAUACUUCUCUCAGAUACAUAACACAAUGUGUGCUGUCUGCAUCAUACCUGCAUUUUCUUCUCUUUUGGAGAAAUAAGUGUAAAUUGUAAAUAUUGACAUGUAUAUAUGAUGUGAUAUGUAUACAUGCCUAUCCACAGGUAUUACUGUACUUGGUUAGGUUGUAGUAAGGCAUAUUAUAUUGCUUAGGAUAUAUAUUCCUCAGUUUUUAGAUAUUAUAAUUUACAACUUGUAUUAUAACUAUAAUGAUGACUUUUAUCAAGAAAAGGAAUCCUCAGGCAGGUGAUCACAUCACUGGCCUAUCAUUGCCAAUGAAUGCACAUAUCAUCAAUAGGCUGCAUCCACCUUUCACUUCCAGCCAUGAGGGUCCUUUAUGGUGUCUCUUGGCAGGGCCUCAACCCAUCUCAAACUCCUCACAACAGGUCUUGUCGAGCUGCUCAAGCCAUGAUCUCCUAGGUUGUCCCAUGGGCCUCCUUCACCCAGGAUUGUCUUGCAGAGAGACUAUGGGCAUGGUCAUCCACAGGGAAAUGAGCUAGGUGCCUAUAUAGCCGGUAUAGUAACAAGUCCCAUGCCAGUCUCACAGUGUAGCUGUUGAUUGGAUACAUGUUCCUGCCAACUGUACCCCAUGAUCCGGCGAAGAGACUUGUUACAAAUGGCAUCAAGACGAUACUCCAAGACACUAAAUAGCGUCUAGGUGUCGCUUCCAUACAACAACACUGGUAGUAUUAAGGCUUUGAAGACACAUAGCUUGGUCCUUCUGUACAGGUACCAACAUCUCCAAGUGCUCUUGUUGAUCGAGGUCAUGGCUCCUACUGCCAGACCAGUCCAUCUUCUGAUUUCUUGGUCUGACAGCCCAGAGAUAUAGACUACGCUACCAAGGUAUGCAAAGCUCUCUGUGACUUCAUUAUUCUCACUGCAAGCAUUUAGUUGAACCAUUCGACAUCCAAUGUCUCCAGGGAGAUGAAAUUCUGCCUUACCCUUGGGCAUAUGCCACUGGGCUCCUGCGAUGCUUCGACUGUUUUGUGCUUCGACUCCCACAGAGCAACUGGGUCUGUCAGGCUUUUAAGUUCUGUGAAUCAAUCAGAGAUAGCCAUAGUGGACCCACGGGCACACACCUCCCACAGUCUGUCCAAGUGAAACACAAUAGAGUGGCCACUGGAUAGACAAGGAGUUUUGAAGUGGACCUGUAGGGUAGCCACCACAAGCCUAUGACCAGUGCUACUGAACUCAGUAAUCCGGUAAACUCUGCAGAGGAUCCUCCACUGAGUGCUGACAAGAAUGUGGUCGAUCUCAGUACCUGUAUUGCUUAACCAUGUCCAGCAAUGUGGGUUGGAAUGCUGAUAACAGGAGCCAGAAAUCCUCAUUCUUUGGGAUCUAGCAAAGUCCUGGAGAAGGAGGCUGUUCUUGCUGCUGGGAUCAGCUCCCGAGCCAUGGAGGCUGACAGACAAUGCGAAUGUCUCACCAGGGGCAAUAGUCUGCCACGGAUGUGAGUUUGGGGUAGAACGCCUCUUUCACAUUAAGUUUGCAAACAUCGGUAGGAGCGUACACAGUAAUAAGAGAAACGAAGCCAAAAGCAUGUUUCAGUCUCAAUGCCAUAAUACAUUCAUCAGUGUUACCUCAACUACUGAGGGUUGAAGUCAGCUGGAGAUGGCUAUGGCUACUCCCUUGAGGUGAUGACCAUCACAAUGGCCUGACCAGUAGUAAGUGUCCCUAUCCAUACUAAUCAUGCCACUGCCCCUCCAAUUCCCUAAAUAGCAGAGGUACCCGCUCAUCUUGCAGUAAGGACCAGAUGUUCCAAGUGCCUACCCUGAUAGCUCGCCUGAGGUUAAGCCUUGGGUGGUCACUCCGGGUGGAUGCCAGCUCUGCCAUCCUACCAAAGCUGCCCUAAAUAAAGGGGGUUGGCAGGCUGUGGGGCCCACUGUCCAUUUUAAAAUCAGAAGAACUAAGUAGAAAAUGGUUCUCAUAUCACUGAUUUUAUAUGCAGAAAAAUUCUCGUUUUAUGUAGAUGGCUUGAGCAUGUCCAAGAAGAAGACAAGCCAGAUGAAAAUUAUAUACUACUGUGCCUUCAAAAUCCAUUUUCAGUGACACAGUUCAUUUCAUAACAUAAUGAGAAACUCAUUUGUCAAAGAUGCCAGUGGUUUGGCUUGGUGUGCCUCCCAGUGCCAAAUCCAGGCCAGACCACAGUUGAUGUUUGUAAUAUAUUCAUUUAGGCAAGAGUGGCCUUCCUAAAACUAAAGUCCUUCAAGGCCUUACCUACAGGGGAAUCGUGACUUAAAAUCAGAUCACUAAAAUUGUAUAUUUAUAGUUGUACAUUGAGUGUACAAAAAUAAAUGAUAUAUUUUUGUUUUAUGUCUUAUAUGAAUACAUUUUCUUUGAAUUUAA